AUGGGCGUGGAGGCGGCGGGGGAGCCGCCGGCCCCGGGCCGCCAGCGCCACCACGACCGCGACCGCGACCACCUCCCCCGGCGGCGGCGCGAGUGCCGGCGCGUGCGGCUGCUGUGCAUGCUGGCGCUGACCUUCUUCUUCUUCGUGGUGGAGGUGGUGGUGAGCCGCGUGACGGCCUCGCUGGCCAUGCUCUCCGACUCCUUCCACAUGCUGUCGGACGUGAUGGCGCUGGUGGUGGCGCUGGUGGCCGUGCGCUUCGCCCAGCGCACCCGCGCCACCAAGAAGAACACCUUCGGCUGGGUGCGCGCCGAGGUGAUGGGCGCCCUGGUCAACGCCGUCUUCCUCACCGCCCUCUGCUUCACCAUCCUGCUGGAGGCCAUCGAGCGCUUCACGGAGCCCCACGAGAUCCAGCAGCCCCUGGUGGUCAUCGGCGUCGGCGCCGCCGGGCUGCUGGUCAACCUCCUGGGGCUCUGCCUCUUCCACCAGCACGGCGGCUCCGGCCACGGCCACUCGCACGGGGGGAGCAGCCGGCGGGGCAAGGCGUCGGCGGGGGACCUGCUCAAGGAGGAGACCAACACGCUGGUGGAGAACUGCAGCAGCUCCAAUGGGCUCAGCCUGGAGAAGCUAGGUGACAUGGCGAAAGACAGUCAAGUGGACCUUCACCCAAACGGGCAUAUUAGUAAUCGCUCUUUAGAUAUGGACGUUGACAUAGACCACAGUGCCCAGCUCAACAUGCGAGGAGUAUUUCUGCAUGUUCUUGGAGAUGCCUUGGGAUCUGUUAUUGUUGUGGUAAACGCCUUAAUAUUUUACGCUUACUGGAGUCCCUGCCCCAAGGAUGAGCUUUGUGUUAACCCAUGUAUUCAUGACCAUUGCUCAGAAAACAUUACUCGGAUUUCUAGCAGAAUGAAUAUGAAUGCAACUGAUAUAGAGACAGUUUAUGAAGCCGGGCCCUGCUGGGUUCUAUAUUUGGAUCCCUCACUGUGUUUGAUAAUGGUUUGCAUUCUGCUUUAUACAACAUACCCACUGCUUAAAGAAUCAGCUCUUAUCCUUUUGCAAACUGUUCCCAAGCAAAUUGAUAUUCGCUCUUUAAAUGAGAAGCUUCGUAAACUUGAUGGAGUUGAAGCUGUUCAUGAAUUGCACGUUUGGCAACUGGCUGGAAGCAGGAUCAUCGGCACUGCUCAUAUCAAAUGUCAGGAUCCAGAAUCGUACAUGAAAGUAGCGAAGCAAAUUAAGGAGAUCUUUCACGAUGAAGGGAUACAUGCAACAACUGUUCAGCCUGAAUUUACCAUUGUUGGCUCUGAAGAGGGUGUAGGCAAAUGUGAAUUUCCCUGCAGAACCCAGUGUGCUCUGAAGCAGUGUUGUGGGGCUGUAGAAAAACCUGCUCAGAAGAAGACAGAAAAAUCUCCUGCUAUUAGUAUUUCUUGCUCUGGUAUAGUAAUUGACUCUCCACACCACGAAACCCGGAGGACUAAAUCUGAGUGUAUACCUUCUGUAAAGUUAGAGGCGGAGCCUGAUCCUAACAAACAAUUUGAAUCCUCUUUGUAACUUACAAAAUAGCAUGGAGUGAAAUCUGGAUUCAACCACAGGUUGAUUGUGAGAAGAGGGAGACUGUCGUUGAAAAGACAAGUUGCAAAGUAAUGUAAUUGCUGAAGUCCCUGUUCUUGUCACAUUGCUUAAGUCUAGGCUGCCUAUUUGGAAGAACAUCAUGGUGCCGUCCUAACAUAGUGUGUUCAUGUUCAUUUUUAGACGACUAGCACAAAA